AUGACAGUUGCUUCUAUGUUAUUCUCAUGCUCUAUGCAUGUGGGAGUAUCUAAUCCAAAGAUGUCUUCAAAAGCCUCUGCUUGUUGUUUGCUGAACCGCCCAUGGCCAUCAUGUGGGCAGGUUGGAGUUUCGGAAAAAUCGAAACUCUUGUGCCGGGCAGGUGCGCUUCAGGUUGAAAGUGCACCUUUGUUUUCUGUUGGGCAAAAGUUUCAAUUUGAUGAUGUGAUUGAAGCUCAACAGUUUGAUAGAGAAACUCUCGGGGCUAUAUUUGAAGUUGCUAGGAGUAUGGAGAAUAUUCGGGGUAACUCUCCGGGUAGCCAAAUGCUUAAGGGUUACCUCAUGGCGACGUUGUUUUAUGAGCCUUCCACUAGAACUAGGCUUUCGUUUGAGUCUGCUAUGAAAAGAUUAGGUGGUGAUGUUCUCACAACUGAAAAUGCUAGGGAGUUUUCGUCUGCGGCUAAAGGAGAGACGCUCGAAGAUACUAUAAGAACGGUUGAAGGUUACUCUGAUAUAAUUGUAUUGCGCCACUUUGAAAGUGGUGCAGCGAGAAGAGCUGCAGCGACUGCUAACAUUCCGGUUAUUAAUGCAGGGGAUGGCCCAGGACAGCAUCCUAGCCAGGCGUUGUUAGACGUUUAUACCAUUGAAAGAGAGAUAGGAAAACUGGACGGAAUUAAAGUCGGACUUGUCGGAGACCUCGCUAACGGGAGGACAGUUCGCUCACUUGCAUACUUACUUGCCAAGUACCGUGACGUGAAAUUAUAUUUUGUAUCGCCUAAUGUUGUUAAAAUGAAGGAUGACAUAAAAGAGUAUCUGACAUCAAAAGGAGUGGAGUGGGAAGAAAGUUCUGAUUUGAUGGAAGUCGCUUCUAAAUGCGAUGUGGUUUAUCAAACUCGCAUUCAGAAGGAAAGAUUCGGAGAGAAACUUAACCUUUAUGAAGAAGCAAGAGGAAAGUAUAUCGUGAAUCAAGAUGUUCUAAAGGUGAUGCAAAAUCAUGCUGUUGUAAUGCACCCUCUUCCAAAACUCGACGAAAUCGAAGCUGACGUCGACAAUGACCCAAGAGCUGCUUAUUUUAGGCAGGCAAAGAAUGGUUUAUACAUUAGGAUGGCUCUGUUAAAGGUUUUGCUUCUUGGAUGGUGA